UCAAUCUUUAGGGGUUAAUGCGGCCAUCUCAAAAUCUCUGACUGAAACAAAAACAAAAAGAAGUUCACCAUACAGCAGCCUCAUAGACUCAUACAGGAAGCUCCCCCGGUCAUGUGACACAUGACGCCUCCGCUGUCACAAAAGGUCCUUGCAGGGUGCAGGAACCAGCAGCUAGUAUUCAUCCUCUGAACGGCACUUGUUUUACACAGCUGCCAGGACCUGGCUUGGGCAUUUUAAAGAUGGCGGCGCCCUUGGAGACUGUGCCAAUCAGUAAAGACUUGGAUGCAAACAAUGAAGAAAGCCAGCAGGAGGAGUCUGAAGAGCUUGAUGAUACUCCAGGCCCAGCAGAACCCCGGGUGAGGGACACUCCUAUGGACAUAUCAUUUGAGGCUGCUGUGAAUACCAUUGCAUUCCACCCAAGUCAGGACAUCCUCGCACUUGGAGAUUUAGAUGGAGAUGUGUUUGUAUAUUCGUAUUCCUGUCUAGAGGAUGGGAACAAAGAGCUCUGGUCCUCUGGACAUCACCUGAAGUCAUGUCGGGAUGUUGCAUUUUCCAGUGAUGGCCUGCAACUUUUCACAGUUUCCAAAGACAAGUCUAUUCACAUCCUUAAUGUGGAGGAAGGAAAGCUAGUGAAACGCAUCACCAAAGCCCAUGACUCUGCACUGAAUAGACUGCUCCUAAUUGAUGAGAACCUCUUUGCCACUGGUGAUGACAGUGGGAUGUUGAAAGUGUGGGACCUCCGAAGAGGUACAGCUUUCAUGGAGAUGAAGAAUCAUGAGGAAUACAUAAGUGACAUGGUCAUUGACCAAAACAAAAAGAUGCUCCUUACAGCCAGUGGAGAUGGAACGAUGGGGGUGUUCAACAUAAAGAGACGCAGGUUUGAGUUGCUUUCAGAAUACCAGAAUGGAGAUUUGACAUCUGUAGCCAUAAUGAAGAGAGGCAAAAAAGUGGUUUGUGGUUCAAGCGAGGGGACGAUCUAUCUGUUCAACUGGAAUGGAUUUGGAGCAACAAGUGAUCGUUUUGCUGUGAAGGCAGAGUCCAUUGACUGUAUGAUCCCUAUUAACGAUAACAUUGUGUGCACAGGGUCCAUGGAUGGCAUCGUUAGGGCCAUUAACAUUUUGCCCAAUAGAGUAAUUGGAACAGUGGGCCAGCAUCCAGGAGAGCCCAUAGAACAGCUGGCAAAGUCAAGAGAUGGUAAAUUCUUAGCCAGCUGUGCUCAUGACCAGAAAGUGAAGUUCUGGGAUGUAUCAAACCUUGGCUCCAUUGUAGUGGAUGUUUACAGGAAGCGGAAGAAGAACAAGCAGCUACAAGCUUUGAGCAAGAAAGCAUUUGGAGGAGCGGAUGACUUUUUUGCUGACUUGAAGGAAGACAGAGCAGAGAAUAAGGAAAAAGAGGAGGAGGAGGCAGAUGAAGAAGAAAGUGACAGCGAGGACUCGGACAGUGAUUAAAGUGAAUGACACUGUGAAACAAACUUCACUGGACAUAUGGUGAACACUGGAGUCACUGCCAUCUUCCAGGGACAGUAAUGUUACCAAUUUUUGUUCACCCAGCAGGACAGUAAUAAAUAUUUUAUGUUUUGGGUAUUUUUGAAAUUAUACAGAGUUUAUUUCUGUACCACCUCUGUACUUUUUUAACACAGCCCAGUGAGUGGCACAUCAGCAGUGUUCAUUUAUGUCCUUCUAACUACAAGGUCUAUUUUGUAUCGAAAAGAUCUUUCCAAAUUCUCUGCCCACUGGUUCCUGGAGGAGUAUGAUAGUGGCAGUAGUAUCUUAUUCUAUUAAGAACUUGUACAGUGCAUAGAAAUAAUAUUUAAUUAAAGGUUUUACAUACAAAACAUGGAUGGAGGAGGUAGAAGUGACGCUAUGUAUUAGAACAGGGAUCAGCAACCUUCAGCACGCCAGCUGCUGUGAAACUAAUACUCCCAGCAUGCACACUUAUUCGGCUGUUUUUGUAACUCCCAUAGAAGUAAAAGGAGGAUUAUGGGAGUUGUAGUUUCAGAACAGCUGGAGUGACGGAGGGUGCUGAUCUUUGUACUAGAAUCUUAAAGUGAUACCAGGUGGGCCAUGAAAAAGUAGCCUUUCUCCAGCGAUAGUAUGACAAGAUGAACGUGCAAGUGGGUAAU